UUCAUCACUACUUUGUUUGAAGCUGCAGCAAGAUCACAAGGUUACCUCUUCAAAGAAGACGCUGCCAGCCGGGCCCGCUAGGGCGCGGUAGAAGGCAUAUCCACUGUUACAGAUAUAAGAUCAAGGCUAGGUCAAAAUGAGCGCCCCCGCACCCAGCCCACUUGCCAAAUACAAACUGGUGUUUCUGGGGGACCAGUCGGUCGGGAAGACCUCAAUCAUUACACGGUUUAUGUAUGACAAGUUCGACAAUACCUAUCAGGCGACUAUUGGGAUAGACUUCCUCUCCAAGACUAUGUAUUUGGAGGACCGGACCGUGCGGCUCCAACUCUGGGAUACCGCUGGGCAGGAGCGCUUUCGCAGCUUGAUUCCCAGCUACAUACGCGACUCUUCGGUCGCUGUGGUUGUGUAUGACAUUACAAACCGCCAAUCCUUCUUGAACACGGCACGUUGGAUUCAGGAGGUGCGCACCGAACGUGGUAACGAUGUCAUCAUCUUCCUCGUGGGCAAUAAGACAGACCUUAUUGAUAAGAGGCAAGUCUCCAUUGAGGAGGGCGACGCCAAGGCGCGCGAGCUAAACGUUAACUUCAUCGAGACAAGUGCCAAAGCUGGCCUUAACAUUAAGGCUUUAUUCCGGAAGAUUGCGGCGGCACUGCCCGGCAUGGAAUCCGUGACGCAGAACAAGCAGGAGCAAAUGGAGGAGGUCAAACUGACCACGUCCACGGUCACGCUCGACGCUAAGCCUCCGCCACCAGCGUCAACAUGCUCUUGCUGAGCCCUGCACACCUGUAAAUGCUCAGACCAGCGCAGCAGCAUGGCUUUCAACCGCAACAGCAGCGAAGCUUGGGUUGGUGCACUUUUCCUUUAAGGGGAUGAAAAUUGCUGGAGUGCGUUGUAAGGCAGCAUUGAGGGCAUGAGGCCGGCUUUGCCGUCAUAGGGUCGCUAAAGUAAUGUAAGGAUUAGGCACAAACCGGGAGAGCCGGAUCAGGUUGUAGCCAGUGCGCUGCCGAGCACCAGACAGCAUUUUAAGGGGCUAUGGCUCCAGGGAGGGGUUUAUCCAUGGUACCUUUUUACCACCGAUUUGUAGCGCUGCUAUGGGUUUGGGUUAACGCGUUAUGGCGGUAGUAGGGUGGGCUGUGCUAGCGGUGACUCGCUCUGGCUUACAUGGGUGUUGGCCUGACAACAAGCGCCGUCCAUAAGUGUGCGGGGCAAGAUUGGCAGCACGGGAUGUGGGAGGCCAUGCUACAUGGGACGUUCGGUCAUUGUAUGUGGCUGAUGAACCGUGCAAAGGUCUGGGCGCGGUUGUCCAUAUUCCCGUAAGGAAAUAUGUUGCAUUUUCACGGUGAUGGCUGACAUCAUCUUAAGCUCGCUAACAGCGGCGCAGUCUCCCAAAUGCGAGUUGUCAACCCCGCCUUUGCGCUUUGGAGGGCCAAAAGGCUCUAGGGGCGAGGCAGCCCAGGCCUCGGUUUACAUGGCUCCUUGACUAUGUGCGCGCGCAUCGCUUGCAGGCUGACCGGAUUGCAUGUGAUUGGCAUGGUUAUCCAGGAGGCGUUGAAUUAAUGCCCGAGCUGGGGGAUGUAGGGGUGCAGCGUGGCUACACAUGUAUUUUGUCGGCGGUGGGCGCUCACCUGUGCUGGUAUGAGCGUGAAUGGCGGUUUUGACAUUGCUCUUUUGCUAGGCGUAAGAGCAGGAAAAUUCUCUUGGACUGGGGUUCUUUGCUCGUCGCUGCACUGGUCGUUGUUGUGUACUAACUUGGGAUGUCAACUGGGGCAAAGGGGCCUCAGGGAGGGUGGGCCUGUAACGGCUGAAGACGUGACAGUGCAAAUUUGGUUUUAAGGGCUUUCUUACAUUAUGAAGGAUUUUGUAGUGAGAUUUUGAGUCCUCUGAUUUCUUCUGUUCGGGUUUCACAUUAUCGCACUUUUAAGUAGUUUUUCUUUGGUUUGGCACCUCGACUAAUCCUGGAACAGCAGG